AUGCUUUCAUACGUAAUACCAGUAGACGAGAAACAAAAUUCAGUUUUGAGCAAGAAUCAUAUAGAGUUGGAAUUGAACGUUCAAGAGGAGGAAGAAGACGAACAGCAGCAACAGGAACAGAAGAAACAGGAAGAAGAGAAAAAAAAUCAUUCGGAUAAAAACGGUUUAGCAUUUAACGGUAUAUCAUCAUUAUCAUCCACACAGGGUAAAAUGGCACCGACGGCUGUACACAAUUUAAUUAACAUUGAACAGACUCGAGGGGGUGGAAUAUUGAAUGGUGGAAAUCAAAAAAAAAUAAUAAAAACUCACGGAAAAGUGAAUAUAAUUAAUAAUAAUAAUAAUUAUGUUAAACCGGCCAUAUCGACUGAAAGCAGUGCGAGUAGUUUAAGCAGUAAAGCGAGCGACGUAACGAGUAAUGCCAGCCAAGGAGGAAGCGGAAGUACACCGACGAAUAAUGUUGUAGACAAGCUUAAACCUAAGCUGGUACAAAACAACGGAGCCGCAACAAAAACGACAUCUUUAAAAAGGUCAAAGGUUAUCGGGAAAAAUUGA